AUGCUCGAUGGUUUAUUAAAAAAAGAAGAUAUUCCGGAACUAAUUAAAAAUGAUGAUAUAAGUGUAAUAUUUGUUAAACCAACAACAGCAUCAUCAAUAGUUUGGCAAAAAUUUAGUCAUAUUUAUGUUGAUAAUAAAAAGCAAAAUUUUGUGUCUUGUGAUACAUGUAAAGAUAUUCUACAUCACAAAUCAAUUGAUGGUACAAGCAGUAUGAAGAAGCACCUUCGAUCAUGUGAAUCGAAUUCAAAAAAUAAUAAUAAUAAAAGUUUAAGUAUUAAUGAAUAUUUUGCUUUCCGUAAAACUAGAUCUAUUCCACCAAGAUCUAAAAACAAAGUUUUGAAUGCAACUGUUGAACUAGUUGCUAUGGAUAAUCGUGCAUUUGAACUUAUUGCAGGUGAUGGUUUUAUCAAUUUUACACAAACUAUAUUUGAUGCUGGACAACUGUUAAAUUCACAGAAUAUUGAUGUUUCCAAUUUAUUACGACAUCCAACAACUGUAAGUGUGAGUUUUUGUGGUAUUUCUCUUCAUUUCUUGAAUGAAGAACUUCAACUGUACGUUUUUAUUUUGGGUUGUUAUCCAUAUGAUCGAGAUAAUCAAAAUGCAAAUCAAAUACGACAAUUUGUUGAUGCUAAAUUAUUGGAAUAUGAUUUAAUAUUGGACAACAAUAAAUUCGUGGUGACAGACAAUGAAAAUAAAAUGAAAUCUUGUUUUAAAGAAUCAUGCACCAGAAUCGGUUGUUCAAUUCAUUAUAUGAACAAGCAAUUAGAGCACUGCUUUACUUCGGAUACUGUAGAAAAAAUUCCAGUUAAUUGUGAUUUAGUUCAGGAAAUGUUCGAUUAUAUACGAAAAAUCGUAUCUCAUAUGAGAAGAAUACACAAACAAUCAAAAUUACCACGUAAACUUCAAUCUUACUCUGAUACUAGGUUUACCGGUGCUUCUCAUACAAUGAAUGUGUUUUUAACAGUUUUUGAUGAUUUAGCUGAUAUUUUAGAUAGAACGUUUCUGGACGAUUAUACGCUAAUAGAUAAAGAUUUACUUGAAUAUGUUUGUUCAUUUUUAGCUCCAUUUGAAGAAGUAAUUGAAGAACUUAGUUGUGAUAAAAAACCAACAAUUUAUAAGGUGUUGCCAUUAAGGCAGUAUUUAAUAAAUCAAUGUAAAAUACAUCCAGAUGAUCAUGAUGGAAUUCAUCAAAUUAAAACUUUUAUAAGUACUCGUUUUCAAGAUGUUUGGGUGCUCCAAGAUAUACAUUACAUUACCACCCUAUUGCAUCCGUCUUUUAAAAAUUUUGAUGUUAAUCCUAAUCUUCAAGAUAAAGCUAUUAAUUUAGUGAAAAAUGAAAUUAUUAAACGACAACCAUCAACACCAACGACCUAUUGUACAACGACUACAACAACAGUUACUACAAUUGAACUUGAUACUCAGUCAGCAUCAUCAACAAGUGUUUUAUCAAAAUGUUUCGACUUGCCAAAGAAUGAUUUAAAACUAUCAUUAAAUCCAUAUCAAGAAUUAGAUGAAUACAUGCAUUUGAACGUUCAAAUAAAUGAAGCUGAUGAUAUUUUGUUGUUCUGGUUAACACAGAAAUCAAAAUUUCCAACAUUAUUUUCGAUUGUACGAGAUUAUUAUGCAGCACCAGCAUCAAACACAACGGUUGAAAGACUUUUUUCGUCAUCAAAAUACACAGUUUCAGAUAAACGUACCAGUCUUGGUGCAGAAAAAAUAAACAAAUUAUUAUUUUUGAAAAAAAAUCCAAUGUUAUUAAAAGCAUUUGAUAAAAAAUGUGUUAUUGAAGCUACUGCAACUGAUACGAAAAGAAAAAUAACUGAUCCUGAUAAAAAAUCUACUGAUGUGUCAUUACAAAAUCAAAAACAAUUUAGAACUUCAACAACAGCAAAGAAAUUGAAAAAAGAUGAAGAAGAUGAUAUAGUUAUUUGGGAUGACGAUGUGCAAGAUAAAGAAAACGACUAA